CUGCGCCUGCGCGGCGGCGGGAAUCCUCGCGGAGAGCGCUCACUCCCGGAGUCCCAAUCAGCCCGGGUGGGCAGAGACAGCCCGGGUUCCGCUGCAGUUCUGGAACGGGGCGCCGCUCUGGGUGACGUCGCGCUGCCGGGGGAGUGUCUGUGGUGCGCGCCUCCCUCCCUCGCCCCGUGAGCCUCUCCGACCACUCCUCCUUUCCAGAGUCCCGCGUCUCUGCCUAGCGCGGCCGCUGCUCCCAGUCCCCCCAGGAUAAUGGCGACAGCUGAGGUACUGAACAUUGGUAAAAAGCUCUAUGAGGGUAAAACAAAAGAAGUCUAUGAAUUGUUAGACAGCCCAGGAAAAGUGCUCCUGCAGUCCAAGGACCAGAUUACAGCAGGAAAUGCAGCCAGAAGGAAUCACCUGGAAGGAAAAGCUGCAAUCUCAAAUAAAAUUACUAGUUGUAUUUUUCAGUUGUUACAGGAAGCAGGUAUCAAAACUGCUUUCACCAGAAAAUGUGGGGAAACUGCUUUCAUUGCACCUAAGUGUGAAAUGAUUCCAAUUGAAUGGGUUUGUAGAAGAAUAGCAACUGGUUCUUUUCUCAAAAGAAAUCCUGGUGUCAAAGAAGGGUACAAAUUUUACCCUCCUAAAGUGGAGAUGUUUUUUAAGGAUGAUGCCAAUAAUGAUCCACAGUGGUCUGAGGAACAACUCAUUGCUGCAAAAUUUUGCUUUGCUGGACUUGUUAUAGGCCAGACUGAAGUGGAUAUCAUGAAUCAUGCUACACAGGCUAUUUUUGAAAUACUGGAGAAAUCCUGGUUGCCCCAGGACUGUACACUGGUUGAUAUGAAGAUUGAAUUUGGUGUUGAUGUCACCACCAAAGAAAUUGUUCUUGCUGAUGUUAUUGAUAAUGAUUCCUGGAGACUCUGGCCAUCUGGAGAUCGAAGCCAACAGAAAGACAAACAGUCAUAUCGUGACCUCAAGGAAGUAACUCCUGAAGGGCUCCAGAUGGUUAAGAAAAAUUUUGAGUGGGUUGCUGAAAGAGUAGAGUUGCUUCUGAAAUCAGAAAGUCAGUGCAGGGUCGUAGUAUUAAUGGGCUCAACUUCUGAUCUUGGUCACUGUGAAAAAAUCAAGAAGGCUUGUGGAUAUUUUGGCAUUCCAUGUGAACUUCGGGUAACCUCUGCCCAUAAAGGCCCAGAUGAAACGCUGAGGAUUAAAGCUGAGUACGAAGGGGAUGGCAUUCCUACAGUCUUUGUGGCAGUGGCAGGCAGAAGCAAUGGUUUAGGACCAGUGAUGUCUGGUAACACUGCAUACCCAGUUAUCAGCUGUCCUCCCCUCACUGCAGACUGGGGCGCUCAGGAUGUGUGGUCUUCUCUUCGAUUACCCAGUGGUCUUGGCUGUUCAACCAUACUUUCUCCAGAAGGAUCAGCUCAGUCUGCUGCUCAGAUAUUUGGAUUAAACAACCAUUUGGUGUGGGCCAAACUGCGAGCAAGUAUAUUGAAUACGUGGAUUUCGUUGAAGCAGGCUGACAAGAAAAUACGAGAGGGCAAUUUAUAAGAAAAGAACAUCAUAGCAUUUUUUUUUUUUUAGGAGAAAAACUAUAAUUUUCUAGUUUAGCUGUAAAAAAAAAAAAAUCAGUCAAGAUGAAAAGAUUUUAAAUCAGAGAAAACAAAACUUAGUGAAUAAUUGCUUCUCUAGAUUCAUGGAUUAGUAGAAUAUAUGUACAUAUUUAAGAACAUUUUAAAAUUAACCUCUCCCACUAUAUGGUCAUUGCUAGGUGGGUAACAAUCAAAUAUAUUUCUUAAAUGCUAAUCAUGUCCUAUUAUAGAGCUCUGAAGUUACUACUUAUAUCUUAACCCAUGAGUUCUAGAAAGUUAAAGUGAUUUUAUCUAAGAACAGCUGAUAAAGAGCAAUAAAGUUCUCGUUCCUCAAUUUGAUCUUUACAAAAUUCUAAGGACAUGGUUUUUUAUUUGCAGUCAGUAUCUCAGAAAAUGGUGUGUAUCUUUAGCUAUUGAUAGACAUGUUUUGUUUUCAUUUUGAUUUUUUUUUUUUUCUCAAGAAAAGUGGGGAGGGGAGGGAAGACACAAAAUAAGAUGAAGAGGCAAUGUGAAAGCCAUGGAAAGGGGACUUUUCUGAGAACUUCUGAUGGGUGUCAGAGCAAUUUGCCAUGGAAAAAAAGUACAUCCACCUUUGCCUUCUAAAUGAAAGACUUAGUGAAUCUUACUUGACUAUGGUGGGAGUCUAUGUGGGUCACAACAUUCUUUUAAUUCUGAUAAUACAUAUUUUAGCCACACUAAUCCCAGUGUACUAUCAUUUUCAGAAAUUGGAAUCUCCCAGGUGAUAACCAUAACUAGUUUAUUUCUUAUCUAAUAAACUAGUUACUAAUAACUAGUUACUAAUAAAAGGGUAAUAUGCAAAUUGGUCAUGGCGCCUUCACAGUAACAACUGAACAGCAGGCUGCGUAGGGCGACCAGGCCAGCAGGGGAGUUAGGGAGGGACGACCAAACAACUGACCAGCAGGCUCUGUGGGGCGACCAGGCCGGCAGGGGGUUUAGGGAGGGACAACCAAAUGACUGACCAACAGCCUGCAUGGGGCGACCAGG